AUGGCUCGAAAAUGUAGAGAAGGGGCCUGGCAGGCUCUAAUCUUACACCCAAUCCCAAGGCUUGGUGGACCAGGGGUCGUUAUUCAAAUUGACGAGUCAAAAUUUAACCACAAGUCAAAGUUGAGUAAAAAAGGUUUGAAUACUUUGGUAAGUAGCCAAUACUGCCACUGUAGAGUGCUUAUUUGAUAGGUUGAACGCACAUCUAUAUAUCCCAAACUGUUGCUAAACUUUGGUGCCAAAAAGUGAAGGAAUAAAAACGCGGUUCCAUUAUCAUUAAUAAAAGUGAAAGGUGAUUGUCCGAUCGACAAAUUUACCCCGGCUAAAUCAAGAGAAGACAAUAAGGAAAGAUUAAAAUUAUUAAUCAACUAUAAGAAAAUCACGUUGCAAGGGUGAGGAGCUCCGGCAAAUUUUCAAUCCCAAUAACAAAAAUUCGCUCUGUUCAGAAGCUCUUGUUUACUGUAAUAGUAUUAUCAUUUCACUUAACUAUGGCAACCAGAUCAUUUUCACGUCAGCUAACUACAACAGAACAGUUAUAUAUCGAUGAUUAUGAUAACUAAUUUGUUUUUAAGGACCAAAAUAAUUGUUUCACAAAAGGAGUGGGCAGCCAGGUAGAUGGCCUAUUAACCAGUAGAUUCUACGGUUGUUGACUGUUAGGGAUAACACUGCAUGUGGUUUAUUUUUUGGAAACAGAGAACAGAUCACUAUUAUUUGAUGGCUCCCUAAAAAAAGCACUAUUCACUUGUCUGGUAUCGUUAAGUGCUGCAUCACCAAAUAUUUUGUCGAUCAUAUGGAAUUGUACUUCUUUCGCAGUUUCAUAGAAGGCGCCGCCCUAGAAGAGAAAAAUGGGUACUUGGUUUGUUCGAUACACUGUAA